AUGGCAUCUUUAGAAGACGAAGAUUGGCCAUCACAAAAAUUUAGAGAUCAUGUUAUUCAAAGAUUAGAACCAGAAUUACAAAGAAAUCGACAACAUGCUCCUAAUUUACCCGUACCUGGGAAUGCUCGAGAAGUUGAAGAUUAUGUAUUUCAAAAAUGUACAAGUAAAGAUGAGUACAUGAGAACAAUAGCUAAAGUUAUUAAUGCCAUAAAUUGUAAUUCUAAAUCUUCGUCUAUGCCUUCGGUAUUGAGUAAUCAUUAUAACAAAAACGACCCUCAACCAACACAACAAAGUGAUAUACCCCUUUCAGUAGUCGGUAGUGGUAAUGUUUCUUCAAAUACAGAAAUUUCUAGUAGACAAUUAAAUCAAGUUUCCUCAUCAGGUAUACCAAUUCAUAGGCAAUCACCUUUACCAUCAAACAAUAAUAUUACAUCUAAUACUCCACCAGUUAGUGGUAUUAUUCAACAACAAACUUCAAGUAGUAGUGGAUUUGCUAAUUCACAAAAAAUAAAUUCAUCUACUGGAUAUAAUUCACAGAUUUCACAAAAUACUAAUCAACCACAAUUUAUGAGACUUUCACAACAAAUUAAAAAUGAAUACAAUAGUAUUAAUGAUCAAGUAAAUUAUGGAAUUCCACAAGUUAAUUCAAUGUAUCCACAAACAAUAAAUAAACCAAGUAUACCAACAGAAGAUAUGAUGUCUGGUAAUCCAAUGAUUCAGAGACAAAGAGCUUGGAAUGUACAACAAGAUAAUGGACAGUAUAUGCAAAAUUCGAUGAUUCAGAUGCCUCAACCAAAUAUGGGUAUGGGACAACCGAUGAUGCAAUAUAUUAAUCAACAACCACCAUACACAGAUUAUAGUUAUCAAAAUUCUGGUAUUCCAUUAAAUAAUUCAUUAAAUUUUAAUAGUAAUUGUCUCCCAAUACAAAAUGAAAAGACAUAUGAUAAUAAAUUAAAAGAACUACGGCAACACGCUAAUAUGAUAAAAGGAAAAGCUAAUUAUUAUAGGAGUUCUGGAAAUCCAACAGCAGCCAGUAGAUUAGAUUAUGUUUAUGAAGUUUUAAUAGGAGAAAAAAAACCACCUUAUGAAACAAUAUUAAAAAUUGAAGAAGAAAUUAAUAAAAUAUUACUUUCACAAAAUAUUAUGGUAAAUAAUAUUGGUAUGUCAUCACAAAUGGGAGGUACAAUAAUGCAGGAACCAAAACUCCUUCAACAACAAUAUUAUUCUCAACCACAAUGGAUGGGACCCCAACAAUUACAACCAUUAAGUUCUGGACCAUCACCAUAUUCUGUUACGGGGACUAAUCCAAUGUCACAUCAACAAUAUAAUGUACCAAAUUCACCAUCAGGAUCACAACAACAACAACAACAAUCAUUAAGACAUUCACCAUACCAAAUUCCAAAUAAACAUAACACAGGAAAUUAUACAUCCCGUCAAAGUAGUCUACCUCAUGGCAAAUCACAAUCUCAACCUACUAAUAUAAAUACUUACCAAAAUAAUUUUCAUUAUCCAACUCAAUCAUUGACAACGACACCAAUAACAAAUAACAGUAGUACACUUGAAGAAUUAUAUUCAACAUCCUAUGAUCAAAUGCUUGGAUCAAAAGGUAUUGAUGAUAUAAAUAAUUUGUAUGGACAACAACAAUCACAAAAUAAUACUCCUAAUUUCACAACAUAUUUGACGAGUAGUAUGACCCAAGAAAUUAAUGCAUUAAAUUCACAAUUUACCUUUAAAAAUAUUUGUGGUACUUAUGAUGGUAAUUACAUUAAUGUAGAUGUUAUAUUUAAUAAUUUUGAAAAGGAUUUUCCUCCUUUUCGUUUAGUUAUUCCAAAAACGUAUCCUGGAGUGCCGGUAUCUUUUGAACAACUUCCUUUAGAUAUUGAAUCAUUUUUAUAUGAAGAGGUCCAAAGUCAUAUGUACAGUGAAAUUCGUAAAAAAAAUCCAAAAACAAUUACCGAUAUUUUGAAGAUAGCUGAAAGUGCAGCAUUAGAUUUUUACUCGAAACAACAAUGUAAUCAAAUGAAUACCCCUGUUUUAGAUGAUCUUUUUAGAUCAUCACAAUAUGAUUCUGCACUUCAGUAA